AUGUCGGCAGUAAACAAACGGUACUCUCACAGCUUUGCCCAAACCACUGACGACUCGAGUACCCCUCCGCAACAACGCGACGAUGAUGAUGAUGCCGCCUCCUCCGUUCGCGCGGAUCAGGCGGUAACCACCUCCGACGGACUAUUCGAUGACCCUACAUACCCUAUCGCUGCACCUGACGAACUUCUCCCACCUCCCGAUUUCCGUCCAUUCUUUACCUUGAUCGAGAACCCAGACACCAGCGAGCAUCAUCAUCCAUCGGUACACUACAUAUUUUCAGACGACAAUCCCGACUUCUUAACUUCCGCCGUUGUGGAUGGUAUGAAUCAAGAGCUCGUUGGUACAUCUCUGCAGGUCGCCAACAAUCGCGAGCGCAUGAUACUGGUCGACAUAGCGCCAGAUGGAAAGACGGUGAAUGAAGCUCAAAGCUUAAGUCAACAUUGGCAGAUUCUCAGGACUACUGUCAGUCAAGCCCCAUCAUGGGCAGAUGAGGUGUCCAGGAAGGACAUACCAGGGCUGAUGCUCAACAUCCAAGGCAUGGAAAGUGGAAAGCUGAGAUCACAAGCCCACCGUCGCAAGAACUCCCAAGAGGACACUAUGGCUCGCGUCGAAGCUAUGGUUGGCAGCUAUGGAGCCUGCCUAUCUACCUUGGAGGGUCUAGUUAAGAAAGACGUUCUAGAUGACGAGCAAGAUGAACCUGCAGGCGUGGCAAAGGCAGCCGCGACGCAAGAGGAUGAACAAGGAACGGCUCAUGAUUGA